AGAGGAUGAGGGAGAUAACAGCUGAACUGGAACCCGGCACACUUUCCGAUCCACAGCCGCUGUACGGUCAGUACACAGAGCAGCUCGGGAACUUUGCUAAGAAGGAAGCAGCUCGCUUGCUGACGGAGGGAGAAUGGAGGAAACAAAGAACAGCCGAGAAGAGAGUGCCCAACGACAGCAGGAUCACCACACAGAGCAAGAAACAGCAACCCUACUCCAAGUGCAGAGACUGUGUUGCUCGUAUGCAGCGCUACAUUGUCACCAAGCUUGGAGAAGAUUGGAUCUUCCUGGUUCUGCUUGGCCUCACGAUGGCGCUAGUGAGCUGGUGUAUGGACUACGCCAGUUCCAAGAGUCUGCAGGCCUAUAAGUGGAUGUUCCAGGAGCUGAAAGGCAAUGUUCUGCUGCAGUACCUGGCCUGGGUCACCUAUCCCAUGGUCCUCAUCGUGUUUGCUUCACUCUUCUGUCACCUUGUUGCUCCGCAGGCAGUGGGCUCAGGGAUUCCCGAGUUGAAGACGAUUCUACGAGGCGUGGUCCUCAAAGAAUAUCUGACCCUCAGAGCCUUUGUGGCCAAAGUGGUCGGGCUGACCGCAGGACUGGGCAGCGGCAUGCCAGUGGGGAAAGAGGGUCCAUUUGUUCACAUCGCCAGUAUCUGCGCUGCCGUUCUCAGCAAAGUCAUGUCAAUCUUCUCAGGGGUGUACGAGCACCCUUACUGCUACACUGACAUUCUGACGGUGGGCUGUGCUGUGGGAGUGGGCUGCUGUUUCGGGACCCCCCUGGGAGGUGUCUUGUUCAGUAUCGAGGUCACUUCCACUUACUUUGCUGUCAGAAAUUACUGGCGGGGUUUCUUCGCUGCCACGUUUAGUGCCUUCAUAUUCCGGGUUCUGGCUGUCUGGAACAAAGACGCAGUAACGAUCACGGCCCUUUUCCAAACAAACUUCCGAAUGGAUUUCCCCUUUGACCUCCAAGAAUUGCCUGCGUUUGCUAUCAUUGGGAUCUCGUGUGGGUUCCUUGGUGCCUUCUUUGUGUACCUGAAUCGGCAGAUGGUUCUCUUAAUGCGAAGACAAACGAUGUUAACAUGCUUCCUGACAAGAUAUCGGCUCAUCUACCCAGGGGUUGUGACCUUUGUCAUUGCAACCUUGACCUUUCCCCCCGGCUUUGGACAGUUCAUGGCUGGAGAGCUGAUGCCUCGCGAGUCGAUAAACUCCCUCUUCGAUAACCACACCUGGACGAAGCACGUCAGCUCCACGCAUGUUCUGGGGCGAUCGGCGGUCUGGGUGCACCCCAAAAUCAGUGUCUUCUUCAUCCUGCUGCUCUUCUUCGUCAUGAAGUUUUGGAUGUCAGCCAUUUCCACCACCAUGCCUGUCCCUUGCGGAGCAUUUAUGCCAGUCUUCAUACUGGGAGCUGCGUUCGGUCGUCUCAUUGGUGAGAUCAUGGCCACUCUCUUUCCCAACGGGAUUCUCUUUGAUGGGAUUGUUUACCAGAUUCUCCCUGGCGGUUACGCAGUCAUUGGCGCUGCUGCUCUGGCGGGCGCAGUCACGCACACAGUCUCCACGGCAGUGAUCUGCUUCGAGCUGACAGGGCAGAUCUCUCACAUCCUGCCCAUGAUGGUGGCUGUGAUCCUGGCUAACAUGGUGGCUCAGGGGCUGCAGCCCUCCCUCUAUGACUCCAUCAUCCAAGUGAAGAAACUGCCCUACCUGCCUGAGCUGGGCUGGGGACACUUCAGUAAAUUUAACAUCUUCGUGGAGGACAUCAUGGUGCGGGAUGUGAAGUUCAUCUCUGCUCUAUCUCCCUAUGGAGAGCUGCAGACCCUGCUGGAUAGUUGCAGCCUCAAAACCAUCCCUCUGGUCGAUGCCAAAGACACUAUGAUCUUGCUCGGGUCUGUGGAACGUUCAGAGCUGGAGGCUCUGAUUGAUGAUCACCUGUCUCCAGAGCGACGGCUGCGAUGUCAUCACGAGGGGCAGCAGCAGAUGGAGGCCAUGCCCUACAAUGGGCAGAGGUCACCCCCCCGGGGCCAGAGGGGGUCAGGGGUCACUUGGGAGUCAUUCACCUUCGUGGAUGAAGAAGUGGGGGAAGAGGGGAACCCCCCUAUGUUCGAUAAGCCUAACGGACCCCUCCCCCCUCCCAAGCAGCAAGAACCGGCCAAUCAGACACUGCCGGAGAAAGGUCAUUUCCAGGCAGUCAGAAAGACACUCCAGGGUUUAUUCUGCCACUCCCCAGAAACACAACCAGAGGAACCACCACAGCAGGAGGCACCCCCAUGUGCAGACAGCAUGAGCCCUGAAGAGAUAAAAGCCUGGGAGGAGAGAGAACUGGAGAAGCCAAUCCGCUUUGAGAGUUGCCGGAUAGACCACUCCCCCUUCCAACUAGUGGAGAAAACAUCUCUUCACAAGACACACACUCUGUUUUCUCUACUGGGACUGAGUCACGCCUACGUCACAAGUAUCGGCAAACUGGUGGGAGUGGUGGCGCUCAAGGAGAUCCAGAAAGCUAUCGAAGGAUCCACACGCUCAGGGGUGAGAUUGCGCCCCCCUCUGGCCAGUCUGAGGGCCAGCACCCGACAGAGACCCUCUGCCAAGACCCCGUCCCAUCAGGAGAUACAAAUGUGGGGGCGAUCGACGGAGGAGAGAGGGGCGGGAGAAGGAGGAGAGCAUGGAAGAGGGGACAGUGGGGACUCAGAGGAAAGGCAACUGCAGAAUAACGACAACCUCCAGUCGACAGGGACAGACACGGGGCCCGUACUGGAGGAACUGGAGCUGAGGGGAGCGGAGAGUAUGUGUGAGAUCAUCCGAGGACUGGAGCUGAGGGAGAGGGAUCAGGACAAUGAGGACGAGGCCCUGUGAACCCAGCCCCCUGCCUACAGCACACUUCAGCAAGGCUGGUUAUUGACUCGCUGCUGUACCUUUGUAUGAGGUUUACAAUCAUAGAGUGCGGUUCCAGUAGCAUUGCCAUGUCCUUGCCUCUUAUUAGCACUAGCAAUAUUAUCACUGUGCCCUUCAAAAGAGUGCUAACCAAGGCUUCUUUUAGAACCCAUUCUCUUACCUCUGAUUAGCUUUAUUAGCAUUAACUGCCCCCCUUUUAAAGGAGUGCUAUCCAUAUUUAAAAUUAAUUCUCUUGCCUCUUAUUAGCCCAAGCAACAUUAUCACCUUUGAUUACAUUUAGCAAGAGUACACUUUUAUGCAAGUUUACCAUAGUAAAAGCAUAGCAAAGUCUAAUGAAGGAUAGAGAAAGCAUGGUAAAGCAUUUUAAAGCCCAGAGAGGUAUGGUUAGGCAUGUUGAAAAGCACUGCAAACCAUGGGAAACAUAGUAUUAGCAAGGGAAAAGCGCAGGAAAAUUGCAAGAUUAUGCAGAGGGAUUGGAGUACAUUUCUAGGUAACACUUUAUUUUGAGUGUCAUAAAUAUUUUAUUACUAUGCAAUUAACCAUUUGCUGAAGUUUAGUUAGAUACUGUGUGUAUCUAUCAUUAGUUUGAGCUCAUAUGUAGGUUGAGUGUUUUUUGAGACUUGGUAGUUUCUUGUUCCAGUAAAAUAGACUGGUAUGUAGCUAUCCACACUACCUAAAUAAUGCACAUUUAAAUCAUGUGAUUGCCAUUCACAAUCACCUAUUCAAACUGUGAUGAUCGUGUGAAAUAAUAUUAGUAGUGAGCUCCAAUUGCAGUCUAGUGGUAUAUACACACACAUGCAUGACCUAUUUAUUGACUGUUUAUUAACAUGUAACCAAACUUCAGCAAAUACUAUCCACUAGCAUUAACAGAGAUAGUCAAUUAAUACCUUUCCCUUGGAGAGAGACUCAGAUGCUACAUCGAUGAUCUAGAGGUAUUGGGAGCUUCUCGUCUGUGUCGCCUUUAUGCCUGGUAUUUAUACUCUAGUAGUUGGCUCAGAGCCUAUGUGACUACUGUUUGUUUCUGUUAUCUUACUAGUUAUAGUUGUCAACAGUAGAAUGAGUUAUUUAGCUGUUACUCCACGCAGGUGCAAACAACCACAAACUACUCUCUUCAACUAGGUUACUGUGAUUUAUUGGUCACUACAGUUGCUGCUGCUUCCUGGUACCUGAUCACUAAGGCUGUAUUUUUUUGCCGGUUCACGGAUUUUACAAUUUCAGUGAAAUGUGCCCAUUGCUGUGUAAUAUGUAGUUCCCUGUGAAAAUUCCUAUUUUUGAAAAAAAUAGUGUAAAUAUACAUAUCACAUACAAAUAAAUACAGCAAUCAUUUGCCUGAUUGACAUGCUAUAUAUACCGUUAUUUGCAUGAAGUGUAAUGUUACUACAGUACCAAGAAAUUAUCAAUGCAACUGUAGCCUAUUUGAAUUCUGCAUACGUACAUUUAUAUAACAGCUGACCUCUACUGUAGAUUUUAUUUGAAUUAUACAACUGAAAUCUAGGUAUAGAAAACAGCAUAUUAGAUAUUGCAAUAAAGUUUCCUUAGGUGAUUGCGGAUUUGCAAUGCAUCAUUGGCUUUUAACACCUGUGUCUUAUCCACACAAGAACAAAGAACAGGCGUCAAGGACACACAGAUCCACUAGGAAUGUGAUCGAGAUCAUUGACAUGGAAUUUUAAACAUAUUUAAUGUUGUCAGACUCCCCCCACACUUUAUGUACAAUGUACACGUUCACCUUCACACGUUUGUAUGCAUGUAAAAUGUUCUUAUAAUACUGGAAGUGUUUGGUGGCUACUUCUAAUGAUGUUGAGUUUAUUUAUCGCAUGGGGGGAGAGCAAAGAGUACCAGAGAAAAUGCAUGAUUAGAAGAUUCACCGAACAAUUAAUUAUAAACAAAUUGUGUAUUUGGUAGGGAGUUCUAUCGUAAUUUUAAAAGCUUCAUAAAUAUAUAAUGACGGGUUACAUACAUGGUAUACAUGUAUAAUAACUAACAACUACAAACAUGAAUGGCACUUCAGACGUAUUUAUUAAUAGCCUACAAUCAUACAUACUAAAAUACAGAUAAAAGUAGCCAAAUAAAUUCCAACCAAUAUAGAUGGUUUACGGUAUAUAUUUUUUUCUUUUUAACCAAAAAAAGAUUGUAAAAUGCACAUUAAAAGAGUUGUAUAUAGUAAGCUGCGGCAAAAUAUCCCCCCGAAAGAGGGUAAAUGACUAGUGGGGUUUAAUUUUAAUUAAUUUUUUUAAUCCGUGCCAUCCGAUUUUUACCCACACGCCAGAUAAUCGUAAAUCAGCAUUUUAGAUGUGAAGUGUUCUCAAUAGACGCAUGACAAAAUGCACACAUUUAAAUGAAGUUUACAAAUUAUACACAACAUAGAUAUUCCCAUAAUUGAUUUCUCUUUGGCUGCUGCUUUUAUGAGAAAUUAACAACCUCAUCGAUUCGAUUUCAAAGCAUUAACGGAUUGAUUUAAUUAACACAUUUUGUUUGAAAAUCACUUGCUACUAAAGCUCUCGUUAUUAUACCACAAGUUUGGUACAAUAACAUUGCUUUUUGAAAAUUCUGCCCAUUAUGUUUAAUUGUGAAAUAUCUUAAAAUACCUAUUUUUAGACCCUGAAAUGGAAAUAAGAACUUUUUUACAGUGAAAAAAUACAGCCCUACUAAUCACUACCUGUGUCAUAGUUCAGACUCCUGGCAAAGGUACCAGAAUGCAGCAGUUGAUCUGUUGUGUGGCAUAUGAAAUAUAUUUAAUAAAAGGAAAGACUCUCCACAAAAGGGGAGGGUUGUAGUAACAAUGUUAAUUGAUCUACUACGGAUUAGAUUUGGGUUAGCACUCCUUAAAUGUGUUUUUGUCUUUAUCUGCAUUGUCUGAGCUUCUAGAAUUGUAGUGCUCAACUCCAAAAGAGAGCCCAUAAAAAGUGACCUUUCAACUCUGCUUCACACGGCAACUAGUGUUCCACAGACUCGUAACAAAAAUUAGAAAAUGAUUCAAAUUCAAUACUAGAGCCGCAACAAAACUCAGAACCACUCAGAAUCGUUGAGGUGAGAUAGUUAAAAAUAUACAUUAGAAGCAAUCUAUCUUUAUAUAUAUAUAUAUAUACACACACACACAUAGCUAGACACAAAACAGCCAAGUGAGUGACACAAUGGCCACCCCUUUGAUUAGAUGCAGUCCGAAGUAACACAUCUUGAUAUCAUCGCUGAAGACAACUAGAAAGAAAUUAAUUCGUUUUUUGAGCAGUCGAGUUUAAAAAAAGAACUCCAGUAGGGUUGGACAACAUAUAUCGGACUGGAGCUCAUAGUCUAGGUCACUCAUCACAUUCCUCCAAUAGCAGGGAUGCAGCAACAACCCAUACAUCUUGAUUACAAUCUACAAAACCCAGGACUUGAAAGAGACUUCACAAUGGGGUGAUUAUGUUACGAGAAGGCAGGGAGAAGAAGUGGAGUUGGAUCUUGGAUCUUUAUUUUAGGAAUAUCAGGUGCUUGUUUUUCAUAUAAAUCAUUUGUACAAUAUAAUUAAGCUGUGGGGCAUGUUUUAAAGCGUAUCUUCCACCUUAAAAUAACUUCAUAUUUUAAGUAUUUUAGAGUUUUAAAAUAUACAAAAAAAAGGUUCUAGGAGGGUUUGUAUUGAAGUGUUCUCAAGGGUUCUGGAAGGGUCUGUAUAGAACCAGUGAGUUCUCAAGUCUUCCAGAAGGAACUAUGGAAAUCAUGGUACUCAAUGGCUCUUGGAUAUAUUGAAAAAUAUUACUGUAUUUAUUUAUUUUUUUCCUGAAUGGUAUAGAUUAAAUUAUUGAGUACACUAUUGAAACUUGUUAUAUAAUAUAUAAAGUAGGACAAGUAAACUUACUGGAUUUUUUUCUUCUUUUGUAUAUUUGUAAAGUAAGGUUACCUAAUACUUAAUACACUGAGAUGUGUGACAGGUGUGUGUUGACCCACUAUUGAUUUAAUUUCAAGUAUAUAGGGAUCAAUGGAAUCACUGGGCACUCAAAUAUUCUUGAAUGUUUAAUAUUGAACCACUAAGUUAUCAGUGGUUCUUGAAGUGCCUUGUUAUGACAUUUUGAGUUGUGUAUUGUCUAUGCAGACCUGCAUUGGACCAAUGAGUUUUCAAAGAUUCUUCAAAUGUCUUUAUGAAAGCAUCUAGUCACCAAGUGUUCUAGAAGGAUCUGUGGAAACCACUGGGUAUUGGGUGAUUCUUGAAGAUUCUUGAAAACCCCUAUUAAUCCACUCAGUUCUUAAUGGUACUUGAUUAACCUGUAUUGAAUUUGAGUUCUGUAUUAUCUGUCUAUUGAACCAUUGACUUAUAAAAUAUUCUUAAAGUGUUCCAGACUGAUCUAUGAAAUCAUUGGGUACUGCAUGGUUCUAGAACAGGGGUGGCCAAAGUUGGCCCUUCCACUCCUGGUCUUUGUUCCAACCCUGUUCUAAUUUGUUUAAUUGAACCAAUUAAACAUCCGUCAAGACCCUGAAGUAAUUAACUAUUCAAUUUUACCUGCUAAAGCUGGAAGGGAAUGCCCCCCAGGACCUUGAUUGUACACUUCUGUUCUAGAAGGAUCUAUGGAUUCACUGGGUACUGGAUGGUUCUAGAAGGAUCUAUGUAUCCAUUGGGUACUGUGUGGUUUUAGAAUGGUCUAUGUAAGUACGCAAUGGUUCUUGAAUAGUUAAAAUCGAACCAUUACGUUUUCAAAGGUUCUUGACUGGUCUGUGUUUAACUGUUGAGUUUUGGAGUUUGUUGAAGGGUGUGUCUUUUCUCUUUUCUACUACCCCAUUGAGUUCUGUAUUGGGUUUUAGGGAGCUGAGGUGAACCAGUUUUGUUACUGAAAUAUCCAGUUGUCUUGCUUUUUUUUGUUUUGACCGUUUUUGAAUUUCUGGUUAUUUCUUUGUUAAUGUAUUCUUCCUUUAUUUAUUCUUUCAUUUAUUUGCAGUUGUGGUAUUUCUUCAUUUCUUUUGUCUCUCGUGCAUAUUUACAGCUGAAAACAAAGCAACUCAGGGGUUUCUCAAACUUGUCAUAGUCUUUAAAACUUAAUGAAAUGUAAAUGCAAUACAAUCUGUAUAUCUGACUAUAGUAUAUGUCUGUUUAUCUAUCUAUCUAUCUAUCUAUCUAUCUAUCUAUCUAUCUAUCUAUCUAUCUAUCUAUCUGUCUAUCUGUCUGUCUAUUGGUAUGAUACUUUCAAUCUUUUUUUACAGUAUGUAACUAAAAUGUCUAGAGAGAUCAACUAAUAACAGUCUAUUCCUAGUGAGUAAAAGGCAUUGUUGCCUAUGGCGGGUGAGGUGUAGUGAGGUCAUGGUUAGAUAUUUGACUGCUGAGUGGAGAUAUAUACAGAGGAACACCCUGAUGGUUCCUGGAGUGCUGUCGUUAUUCCACCAAUGAGGAAGAGGCUGAAUGCAGACAAGCCCCCACAGAUCUCCAAUCAAUCAUUCUUUAUUUUAUAUAGUGCCUUCAUAGUGGACAACCAUCACAAAGCGCUUUACAAGAUAGUGAGGAACAAUGCAUAAUACAUGAAAUACAGUGAAAUACAGGGCAUAGUACAUUAAAUACAACAGUAAAAAAAAAUGCAAAUACAUUAAAUACUAGGCUAGGAUGUGAAUUUUAAACAUUGUGGAUGCAUGUGUCAUACAGAAUCAUACAAAUAAGAUGGAGUGAAAAACCUGAAAUAGCAAUUUAGACAACAGUUAAUAACAGGUAUCAGGCUUAAAGAGCAUUGAAAGCAAGAGAGAACAAGUGGGUCUUGAGAGUUGAUUUGAAGCGAGAGACUGUGGGAGCUGUACGCACUAAAGCUGGGAGAGAGUUCCAGAGAGUCUCGGCCAUGAAUCUAAAAGAUCACUCUCCAAGUGUGGUGCACUCCGCUUGUGUGCAGGGACAUAGCGGGUCAACAGGUUGGAGAGAUGCUCUGGACCUGUGUGAUGAAGGGCCUUGUAGGCAAGCAGAAGAAUUUUGAUAGUAAUCCUGAACUUUACAGUAGCCAGUGCAGCUGGGUAAGACACUGGGUAAUGUGAUCAUACUUUUUUUACAUCUGGUAAGGAUUCUAGCAGCGGCAAUUUGAACCAGCUGCAAUCGGUUUAUGGCGAGUGACAGAAGACCACCAUAGAGAGUGUUGCAGUAGUCGAGAGAUGAAUGCAUGACAGAGUAUCUCUGCAUCAGGGAGGGAAAGGUAGGGAAGGACCUUUGAGAUGGUUUGGAGGUGGUGGAAGGAGGAUCUGACUACAGAGGAGAUUUGGGCAUCAAAGGAGAGGUUACUAUCCAGAAGUACACCAAGGCUUCGUACAGUGGGGGAAGGCAGCAGCAGACAGUUUCCGAGGUUCAAGGAAGCAAUAUUGAGAUUCUUGAGUUGAGUUUUCAAUCCUACUAGAAGAAGUUCAGAUUUGUUAGUGUUGAGCUGAAAAAAAUUGGAAGACAUCCAGGCCUCGAUGUCUUGGAUGCAAGCUGAGAGCCGGACCAUGGCAGAAGGACAUCCAGGGUCUAGUUUUAGGUAGAGCUGGGUGUCAUCUGCAUAGGAGUGAAACAUGAGGCUGUGCUGAUAGAUGAGGUGUCCCAAGGGAAGAAUGUAGAUGUUGAAGAGAAGAUUGCGUCAGCACUGCUUCCAUCAUAGAAAACAGACUGCAUGCAUCCAGAUAGGUAAGAGGACAGCCAGGAGAGACAGGUUCCAGAGAUCCCAGCAUACUUCUGAAGGUGGUCGAGAAGAAUGCCAUGAUCUAUGGUAUCAAAAGCAGCAGUUAGGUCAAGGAGGACAAGGACAGAGGGAGCAGCAGCAUCAGCAUUAAGCAGGAGAUCAUUUACAAUCCGGAGCAGAGCAGUUUCGGUGCUGUGAUGCGGCCGGAAGCCAGACUGCAGAGAUUCAAGCAGAUUGUUAUCUGUGAGAUGUUUCAUCAGCUGGCUGGCUACAGCCCUUUCAAGAGUUUUGGAGAGAAAAGGAAGAUUGGAUAUGGGACAAAAGUUAGAUGGCUGUUCUGUUUAUAUAACAAGGACAAGAUGGGAAAAAGAAAGUGGCUUAAACCUAAGCUCAACAGAUAGCUUCUUGUAACUGAGAAUAUUUUGAAAUAAAUGAUUUCAUUAUGUAUACUUACUGCCAGUAGCCCAAUUCUAAAUAUAACUUAUUACAUUGUUUAAUGUACACAUCACAAUACAAGAAACCACAUUUAUGUGUAUAUAUGUAUAGCUAUUUUGGAAACUCUUUUAAUAUCUUGCAAUGAUAAUAAUAAUAUAGUUGCGCCGCUUUAUCGGGACGCCUCGGGAGAUGUAAAAAUAUCCUGAAUAAGCAUUUGUCUCAAUUAAACAAGAGGCCUUUGAGGCGACCUUAGUCACACUUAUUUGUUUCUAAAUGAAAAGAAAAAGAAUGAAAUCACAUCAUAUUAAGAUUAACUGUUAAAUGCAUAUUUUAAAAUACGAGUCAAUAUUUUCUUUUUUUAUUCCUAAACAAAUUUUUUUUUUAUUUCUACAUGAAAUGAAAAAGAAUGAAAUCACAUCUUAUCACAAGGUGAGGCACCUGCGAUGUUGAUACGCCAACUUUCUUUGCAACUGCAGCCUGAGAAACCACAGGAGACUCCAGCUCCUUCAAGAGUUCAAUGUGAUUUACGUAAUCUACGCAAAUCACAGCGUAAUCACUUACUCACGUACUCACUGCACUGUGCUACAAGAACCUGUCUUGCUCUGAAAAGCGAUGUCUGUUCAUCAUUUGAAAAUACUGUAUCCCAAUUAAAUAAAGCAAUGUCCCAUUAAACGACAUAAAUAGCAUUGGGAAGAACCGUCUCCCAGAGUUGUAUCCCAUUUAAGCAGCAAUCCCGAUUAUCAGUAUCCUGAUUAUGCAGCGCCGACUCUACCUUCUCCCCAAAACGUUUCUUUUUCUGAUGCGUUUUGAUUCUGAGAUCCAUGUGAAUGUCAUUCCUCCCGAUGAAAGGAACAUCAGCUUUUAAAAUGCUCAAUGCGGAAGUUAAUUGCCACUGAUUGGUACUCAAUUGUAAAAGUGAAGGAAGCACAGCUUUUCUUGUUUUGAAAUCAACACAUUAAUGAAUGGCUUUAUUAAAUACCUGCUGAUAAAUAUUUCUUAAAGGCAGUUCCGAGUACGAGUAUCAGCACCCCCUAAUACAGCUACUAAAUGCAUUCAGUCACCACAUGAUUCUGUUUCCAGCUGUUCUGUCUGAUCAAUAUGUUUAAUAAUCACACAUUUCCCCAGACUCUGCUUACCCAUUCUGUUCUUCUUUGUGAUUUUGGCAGGGCUAACAAGCCUGUCAGUGGCGUUCAUCCCCCAUCGUCAUGGCUGUGAAUUGCAAUUACUGUGAGUUACAUGAAAGAGUUGACCACCCCAAAUCCACUGUAGGUUUGACAUGCAAUCAGACAGACAGCUGCCUUCACACACACUCAACAGCCUGUGCUAAAGAAUGUCCAGACCAAGUUUCUUCAUAAUGGGAUCAGUGGUUCUCUAGAUAGACAGACAGCCUCCACACACUCCCAGAUACCCUCAAGCUAAAGGAGAUGUUAAGGUUUCAUCGCUAUUGGAGAAGCAGGUCUGUAGAUAUGUAUUCAAAUGUAAGUGUGCUAUACAGGUGGGCAGAUAAUCAGCCUUCAUAUUCCAGAGAUUAUGAUAUACUGGGCUAAAGAAAGUCCUUAGAAGGUCAGUUUCAGUUUCAUUUUGGGAUUGUGUGAAAAAUGAUG